UUUAAUUCCAAAAUUCGCUAUAAAACACGUCUUCUUUUUUCUAACACCUCCAAAUUUCCCUUAAACCCUUCCUUUUUACCUCACUCAACGCUGCUUUUCAAACCCGCAAAAAUAGUUCCCUUCCUUAAGAAAUGUGUGGCGGUGCUAUCAUAUCUGAGUUCAUCCCGCGGAAAGGCGGCCGCCGCGUGACCGCCGCCGAUAUCUGGCCUAACUCCCCUUUCGUGAAAAUCAAUGGCUUUUGCUCUAAUCGCGACCACUCAGUCUGCCAUUUCAAAAGAUCCCAACCGGAACCGCCAUCGUCGUUAGCAGUUGAUGAACAAGUGGAGAAGAAACCGAAAAGGCAGAGGAAAAAUCUUUACAGAGGCAUAAGGCAACGGCCGUGGGGCAAAUGGGCGGCUGAGAUUCGCGACCCUCGAAAAGGGGUUCGUGUUUGGCUGGGCACUUUCAACACUGCCGAGGAAGCGGCCCGCGCCUACGACCGUGAAGCUCGCAAAAUCAGGGGCAAGAAAGCCAAGGUCAAUUUCCCCAACGAAGACGACUCCUUCUCCACCCCGUACAAUCUGAACCGUUCCACCCACAAUUCGAGCCCUUGCGUUUAUCAACAGCAUAUAAACAGUAACUAUGGAUUCAAUUACGAUUUGAAUGAAAUCGGUGGGUACGCAACUGACCCGAUCGUUAUAUCUGGAGAUGAAAAUAAAGGGUCCGACGACCAAAAUGUGAAUCUCUGUUACGUCCCUGUGAAGGCUGAGGAACUUGAAGAAGAAGAGAAACGGCGAGAGCCGAUGAACAAGGCCGUGUCGGCGGUGGGGGUUCAAGAAGAAAACAAUGAAGUGCAGAAACUGUCUGAGGAGCUCAUGGCGUACGAGAAUUACAUGAGAUUUUAUCAAAUACCUUAUCUGGACGGGGAAUCGCCGACCCAAAACGGCGUAGCUCCGCAGGAUAGUGUCGUCGGUGAACUUUGGAGCUUCGACGAUGACGGCGUUGCUGUUCCGGAGACAUCAACGGCUAUGUGAGCCGACAUUCGUUUACAUUUUAAUGCGUUUGGGCGUUGUAAAUUGGGUGAAAAUUAAUGAUUUUCUGUCAUGAAUUCGUACCCUUUUUUUUAGUUUAGCGUUGAUAAUUAGGAUUUAGGAUUAACUUCAUGUAAUUUUCCCAGAUUUGUUUGUGUUUAAAAUUGUGAAAUACAAUUGUAAUCAAA